AUGAGGACUCGGAAUCCUCUCAUCUCUCUGUUGAAGCAGUGUUUGCCUGAUGCUGAACCUAUAGCCCUCUCAGAAUCUGAUGACAAUUUCGCUUGGAAGGUGGGAGAUCAGACUCCGGUGCAGAAGUUCCCAACCGCUGCUACUUGGAGCUUUUUGUUUCCUCCGGGACAACAAGUAUCGUGGCAUAAACAAGUCUGGUUUGCAGGUCAUAUUCCUAAACAUGCCUUUCUAACUUGGGUUAAUGUUAAGCAUAGGCUUGCAACUAGAGACAGAAUGCGGCGAUGGGGACUUCAGGUUCCUGCCUCCUGCGUGCUAUGCUCUACUCAUAAUGAAUCUCGUGAGCACUUAUUCUUUGAGUGCUCUUUUAGCUCGGUGGUCUGGCAGCACUUCACGUCAGCAGCUAACCUUCAUCCUCCUCCCUCCUUUGAAGCAACUCUGAGCUGGUUAGGCAGACCCUACUCGAAUAGCCAGCUCGUCCUCAUCAUCAGAUUUAUUUACCAGGCCUCGAAAUACGCCAUCUGGAAGGAACGUAAUUCCAGGUUACAUGCUGCCAUCUCUCGUCCUCCUGAAGCGGUUAUCGCGGACAUUAAGGACACUGUGCACCUCCGGUUAGAUCCUCUCCAGUAG